GACGUGGCCAUUGUCUUCUCUCAGGAGGAGUGGGAGCUCCUUGAUGAGGCUCAGAGACUUCUCUACUGCGAUGUAAUGCUGAAAGUGUUUGCACUUGUGUCAUCUGUAGGUUGUUGGCAUCAAAAGGAUGAUGAUGAGGCCUGUUCUGAGCAGAGUGUAUCUGUAGGAGGAGAGUCACAGGUCAGGUUCUCCAGAAGAGCUCCAGCAACCCAGAAGACCCAUAUGUGUAAGCGGUGUUUUUCAGUGUUAGAAGAUAUUUUGCACCUGACUGAGUUACAAGCAGCACACUUUGAACACAAAGGCUUCUUCAUUGAGGCACAUGUGACAGACUUCUGUUUCGGUGCAAACCCUCACCAGCAACAGAGGGAUGCCAGUGGAGAGAUAUCCUGCAAAGAAACUAUGGACAGGCCCUCAUUUGCGACCAGGUGUAGCUUCUAUAUAUCAAAGGUUUCUUCAAAUUGCAGGGAAUUUGCGGAAGACGUCCAAGCUCCCUCAGAGCUUCUCCAGCACCAGGCCACUCUCAACACUGAGGAGACACACUGUGGCAGUGAGGUUUCACAAGAGUUCCUCAGAGGAAAAAGUCAACACCAGGGGCAUGAAUGUGAAAAAGCUGCCAGCCACAACCAGAAAGUUGUUGAAUCACAGGGUUUAUUUUCUGGAGCACGGAUUUAUGAGUGUAACAAAUGUAGGAAAAUUUUUAGACAAAACUAUAAUCUCAUUCGACAUAUGAGAGUUCACACUGGAGAAAAGCAGUUUGAGUGUACAGAAUGUGGGAAAACUUUCAGUCAGAAGUCUGGUGUCAAUACACACCAGCGAGUUCACACAGGAGAAAAGCCAUAUGUGUGUACAGAUUGUGGGAAGUCAUUCAGUAAGAGCUGUAACCUCAUUCAACAUCAGAGAAUUCACACUGGAGAAAAGCCAUAUGAGUGUACAGAAUGUGGGAGAACUUUCAGUCAGAAGUCUGAUGUCAGUAAACACCAGCGAGUUCACACAGGAGAAAAGCCAUAUGAGUGUACAGAUUGUGGGAAGUCCUUCAGUAAGACCUCUAACCUCAUUCAACAUCAGAGAAUUCACACUGGAGAAAAGCCAUAUGAGUGUACAGAUUGUGGGAAGUCCUUCAAUCGGAGCUCUCACCUCAUUAAACAUCAGAGAAUUCACACUGGAGAAAAGCCGUAUAAGUGUACAGGUUGUGGGAAGUCCUUUAGGCAUAAUUCCACCCUCAAUAAGCAUCAGAGAAUUCACACUGGAGAAAAGCCCUAUAAGUGUAGUGAUUGUGGGAAGUCUUUCAGAUAUAAGUCUGAUGUCAAAACACACCAGCGAGUUCACACGAGAGAAAAGCCUUAUGAAUGUAAAGAUUGUGGCAAGUGUUUCAGGUAUAGCUCUACCCUUAUUCGCCAUCAUAGAGUUCACAUUGGAGAAAAGCCAUAUAAGUGUAGUGAAUGUGGGAAGUCUUUUAGGCAAAAUAGUCACUUCCUUUUCCACAAGCGAGUUCACACUGGGGAAAAGCCUUAUGAGUGUACAGAUUGUGAGAAAUCUUUUAGUCAAAAAUAUACCCUUAAAAGACACCUGAUACUGCGCACUGGGGAAAAGCCUGAAAUGUGUAGGGAAUAUUUCAUUGUUCUUACUCAGAAUAACAACACUGAAGGAGAUUCUAUCUUACAGAAACCUUAAUAUAAUCCCUUUUUAUCAGGAUAUACACUUUGCUAGAUUCCUCAUGAGUUUCAGGUAAAAGUGAGGCUUGAAGGAGCUGCUUGCACUGCUAUCCUGCCCAGGUCUACUAUCUGAUUGAUGCCACUGUGAGUGAUUGUGGCUGAAGUGAUUUCCCCUCUACCACCUGACUCACCUGAACAUUGUGAACCAGUCACAAACCCUGCGUGCUCUCUUGUGCUUAAAUAAAUUCUGAAUAUUCUGAACUCUUGGCAGGAUCUUCAUUCCUUUGUCUCUGACUAUGGAAUGGGCCUGUCCAGGGUUUUUCCAGAACACACAUCCUCAGCAAAGAAGUGGUACCUAUUUGAGAGAGUUUGUGGUUUUUCACAUUAUGCUGUGAUGAUUGACUUAGAUUCUAUGUCACCAAUGAGAACACCACUGGCUCUGGUUUAUGAUAUUUUGGUAAAAAUGCUAUUUUUUUCUGUUGUACCAUUAAUUGUGUUGGUUCUAUUCACUGCCUGCCAGUAUUAGAAAGCACUGUUGUGAUCUGUCACCAUGUAGAUAUGAACAGAUAUUGUGGGGACAUUAAAACUUCAUUGCUUCAGAAGGCAGAGCAGGAUGUCAAAAAAUCACUCUGUCCAAAACCAGCUUAUUUUCCAUUGUUACCACAGGCCUUGAAAGAAAGAUGGCAUGACUUUGUGGUUGUAAUUUGCAUCCCAGUACCUUGGUUAUUGGUGAGGUCAAUGGUCACCCAGAACAGGAGACCUUUGCUGUCCUUCUGUAAACAAUAUGAACUCUGUUCUCUGUUCACAGUUUGUGUUAUAUAAGUCUCAGCAAUGUUUAGGGGAGCUCCUCCCCAUGUACUGCAAAGGAGCCGUGUGCCAUGAAGUACAAAAUUUCAUAGUCUUCGGACGUUUGUUGUAAGGCUCUGAGGUUAAACUACUAUUGAGACAGAAACACAGUAUUCAUAGGGUUGGGAGAGACUGCAGUAAAUUAGAUGGAAAGUGUCUCUUUAGACAUAAAUGCAGUAAUAUUCCUGAGCCUGUGACUUGUGUGAACUUUGUGUACAGACAUUCUGAGCACCUCCAGAAGUUUUUCCUGUAGCUGAAGUCAUUGGCAGAGAAAAUACGUUACGGUUUUGUGGAUUCCCGUGGUCUCUGUAUGGUGUUCACCUCAUGGUCAUUUCUCAAUUUCUAAGAACUCAGGCCGGAGGAAGGAUAAUCCUGUAAUCAGUCCCAGGAUGUGACUUUUGUAGCCAGUCAACAUUUCUGCUUAUUCCGAUGGCAAUCGCUUUCACUGCUUGUCAAUAUUGGCUGUCACUGAGACAAAGCUGUUCCUCCCAGGAAAUGAGAACAGACAUCCAAGGAAGUGCACUUUCCUAAUGUGAACUAUUAUUGAGCCUUAACAUAGAAAUAAAGCUGUGAAACCAUCACAUAUGAAAUAAUCUUAUCUGUCACUCAUAAACAAGGUGUGACAAAAGUAGACUAACUCUUGUGAGUACACAAACCACAAAGUUUGCUCUUUUAAAACAUUUUAAAUACUUGUAUUUAUAUAUUUUAGGAAGCGUGAAAGGCAGAGAAAGAGAGAGAAAUGUCCAUCAGCUCCUUCCUGCACACCCUCUACUGGAGACCCAGGUGGGACUGUGAAGUGACCUGGAAUUGAACCAGGACAUUUCAGUGCACUGCAUGACACCCACCCAACUGAGGCACAUUUGUGGGAGCAGAUUUUAUUCCUUUGUUAUUAUUUAUUAGUUAUUAUUUUCCAUAGCAACAACUCUAAACCUACAUUUCCCACACACUACAUUUUCCUCCUGCCCUUUUAUAAUCUCUGUUUAUGAAUUUCCCAGCUUUUCAUGCAAUCAUUGAUUUUUCUUUAUAGUAAAAUAGUUCAUAUUUUUUAUACUUUUAUCGGCACUAUGAGAUGUGUACUCUUUUCCACAGACCAGUUUCUUCGUGCUACACAGAUAUUUUGAGAUUCAACACAAAUGCUUAUGUAAAUAUUGAAUUUGUUUUGUUCCUGAGUAGUAUUGUUUUCUAUGGAUAACAACUUUAUUUAUUGAUCUGUCUAUAAAAUUGGUUAUUUCUAGGUGUGGAAUAUUAUAAAUAAAUCUGUUUGGAAUA